CCAACAAUCCAUUCUGAUAGGCAUCAUCUCAUGCACAGCAUUUCCAUUCCAUGCGUAGCUAGCUAGCAGGGACUAAGAGUGCAACGAGCAGCAGUUGCCGGCCGGCCAUGUGCACCGAGAACUACGACCCGUGCUACCCCGACCAGCCGGUGGUCGACCGCUACCUCCCCGUAUGGGCCAAGCUGCCGGCGUUCGCCGCCAAGCCGGCCUUCAUCUGGUCCGACAACGACGACGACGCGACGGCGUCGUCACGCACCGCGCUGACCUACUCCCAGCUCGACUCCGCCGUCGAGCGCAUGGCACGCAACCUCCUCGGCACCCUCCGCCGGGGCGACGCCGUCCUCGUCCUCGCCUCGCCGGGCCUCCGCCUCGUCAAGCUCAUCUUCGCGUGCCAGCGCGCGGGGCUCACGGCGGUGCCCGUCAUCCCGCCUGACCCGGCCAGCCUCGGCCCCGCGCACGCGCACCUGCUUCGCGCAGUGUCGCAGACGAGGCCGAGCGCCGCCGUCGCCGACGCGCGCUACAUCGACGAGCUGGCCGCCAUGCUGAGGAGCCUGCGCUGGCUGGCCGUCGAUGAGCUGGAGCGGGAACGCGGCGGUGGUGGGCCGGAAUCGGCGGCGCCGGGGUACGUGGGCUGCGGGCCGGACGACGUGUACCUGAUCCAGUACACCUCCGGCGCGACGGGCGUCCCGAAGCCUGUCAUGGUGACCGCGGGCUCGGCGGCCCACAACGUGCGGGCCGCGAGGAAGGCCUACGACCUGUGCCCCGGCAGCGUCGUCGUGUCGUGGCUGCCGCAGUACCACGACUGCGGCCUCAUGUUCCUGCUUCUCACCGUCGUCGCCGGCGCCACGUGCGUGCUGGCCGCCCCCGGCGCCUUCGUCCGGCGACCCCGCCUCUGGCUCGAGCUCGUCACCGAGUUCAAGGCAACGUGCACGCCCGUGCCGUCGUUCGCGCUGCCGCUGGUGCUCCGGCGCGGCCGCUCGUCGGCGCACGGACGACCGCCGCUUGAGCUCGGGAGCCUGCGCAACCUGAUCCUGAUCAACGAGCCCAUCUACAAGACGAGCGUCGACGAGUUCGUGCGGGCGUUCCGACGCGACGGGCUGCGGGCCGCGUCCAUCUCGCCGUCCUACGGCCUCGCCGAGAACUGCACGUUCGUGUCCACCGCGUGGCGGGGCCGGGGCGCGUGCUCCGACCUCCCGUCGUACAUGAAGCUCCUGCCGUCGGCGAGGCUGUCGCCGCCAUUGUCCUUGGGUAACGUGGGCGCGGAGAUCGAGAUCGCCGUCGUGGACGAGGAGACGGGCGAGCCCGUGGAGGACGGCGUGGAAGGGGAGAUACGGGUGUCCUCGCCGAGCAACGCGUCGGGGUACCUCGGCCACCCAUCGGCGAGCCGCGAGGUGUUCUGCUCGAGGGUGCCGGGGCGGGCCGGCGCGUGCUUCGUGCGCACGGGCGACCGCGGCGUGGUCAGGGGCACGGAGCGGUACCUGUACGUCGUCGGCCGGAGCGCCGACGUCGUCGUCGCGCUCGACGGCGGGCAGCGCCGCCGCGUGCACGCGCACUACGUCGAGACGGCGGCUUUCGGCAGCUCGCCGGAUCGCCUGAGAGGCGGCUGCGUCGCAGCUUUCACGACGUCGACGGCGCGGUCACUCUGGCAAACCAACGACGUGGCCGUCGUCGCGGAGAUACGGGAGGGAAGCGCCGGCGAUCACAGGGGCCUCUGCGACCGCAUAAAGGCAGCAGUGUGGCAAGGAGGAAGAGUGAAGGUUGGUUUGGUUGUGCUGGUCGGCGGUGGCGAGGUGCCGAAGACGACGUCGGGGAAGCUGCGCCGCGGCGCGGCGAGGGAGAUGCUGCUCGCCGGGAAGCUCCGGGUGGUGUUCGAAGCACGGUACGAUGACGACGACGGAACGGUGGCUGGGGUAAGAGGAGACGAAGGGGACGAGAUGGUGGAGAAAUCCGCGGCGAGCUGGUUGGCAGGGGAGGACAGAGGGCCCGACAUGAGUCUCGCGUUCGGGAGCGCGAGCCGCCGUCUACGCUUGCAGUCGUUUCUUUGAUCGUCAAAGCUUUGGUUGCAUGGCAUGACAACGUGGCACAGGAGAGCCACAGCCACCGAUUGUGAUUAUCAUCUACAAUGUGAACCUUCGCCAUGCUAGAUGUUGAAACGUCUUUUCUCUUCACUUGAACAAUAGUGAUCGGGUUAAGGAAAACUAAUGGCUUGUGAACUAAGGGUAACUUGGUUGAUAAGGUUACUCAGUGUGACCCACCUCGGUCCAAAUUCUUAACUCGACGCGGGUGCUCACAUUUCCUAUUAACUAACACUAUUAUUUUGAAGGUAGGCGAUAUGACCAUCGACAGUAAAGACACCUAUAGUGACAUCGUCAAUUUUAAAAUCUGCCAGCUUAGUUUUUUGAAGAUGUUCAUAGCCUUCUAGGCUAAGUUUGCAUGCGUGUAUUUGUAGGAGCAAGUGUAUAUGU